UUAGAAUUGUUUGUUUUAAUACUACCUACCGUUGCCACCAUGUCUGGUGUAAAGAAGCAAAACUCCGCUGCACAGGCUUGGCUUAUUAUGUACAAUGUUGCAAUGACUGCUGGAUGGUCGUUCAUCGGUAUAGGAGUCGUAGGUCACUUCUACAAACAUGGAACAUACAAAGGAUUAUACGAUCAAGUGGAAAAACAACUUCUAUUUUUCCAAACCUCUGCAAUAUUAGAGAUAUUCCAUGCCAUGUUCGGAUUGGUUCGAUCAAACGUCAUGCUGACAACAUUACAAGUUUUCUCACGAGUUGGAAUUGUGUGGGGAGUUAUACAACCAGUCGUGCAGGUCCACGAUAAAGAAGGAAUACCAAUGGUCCUUAUUGCAUGGACAAUCACUGAGAUAAUAAGAUAUUUGUUUUAUACCUUUGUGUUACUUGGAGUAACGCCAAAAGUCAUGCUAUGGUUGAGGUACACUCUGUUUAUCGUCCUCUACCCCCUGGGAGUUACAGGUGAAUUACUGUCACUCUACUACAGUCUACCCCAUGUUCAAAAUAGUGGUUUAUACAGCCUUUACCUGCCCAACAAUCUCAACUUUUCAUUCAACUACUACUACGUUCUCUUGGGCAUGUUUCCUGUGUAUGUUAUAUUUUUUCCGCAACUUUACUUCCAUAUGUUCGCACAGAGGAAAAAGUCUCUUUCUCCACCAGCAAAGAAACAAGAAUAAAUCAAUUUACUUUAAUUUUUUCAUUCUUCAAUUUUCCUAGUUUCAUUUUAUUGAAUAAUUGUUGCUAAAUGGUUCUCUCUGUGUUUUUAAUUAUUUGCCCUCUUUAUGCGUUGGUGGGUUUUUUCAAGGCUCACCAAUAUUAAUAAAGUGAAUUAUGUCGUAAAAUUGAUAACAGUGAUAUAACAAAUGCAUUGUGACAAUAACAAUAGCUUGUUUUUAUUUAAAUGUAAUGAGUAUUUUUCGUUUCGUGAAAUUCACCAAGAUAAAUCAACCAAAUAUAAAGAAUGUAUUAGAAUCUGGAAAAAAA